CAAAAAUGGAAAAUAAUGAUGAGUAAAGACAACCAAUUUACACCCUCACACUGCGAUAUUUAGGCACAAAGAUUCUUUGAAGGAUCCCACUGAACUUGUAGACCCAGAUCUAGCUGAGCCAGAUCUAAAAAUCAGCUCUUCAGACAACCAGGCACAGGAAAGCAUCCCUCAAAAUGAGAGCCAGAACAGCCGGACUAAAAAUCAGAUCUAUUUAAGGAAAAAUACUGAAUAUGGACUUAAGAACAGGAUCCAAGAUAUCCCAUACCAUCUGAUCCUCAAAGAACAAAUCAUUCGGGAUGAUGAUCGUGAUACUGAAAACAGCUCCCUCUGGGCGUUUCUGUCAAAAAUUAUCCUGAAUAAUAAAUUCGAAAAGUUCUUCAAAGAUGAACCAAGGAGGAGGAAGACGGUCCAUCCAUCCCUUAAUAGCAAAAUUAACAGAACAACGCUCAAAAUGCUGCAUAAAUUUCACUUAAAAUAAAAUCGCUGAAGCUAAGAAUAAAAGAAUGCCUAGCAAGAGGUUCAUGUUCAAGUCCUUAAAGCCUAAGGUGAAGAGCACGAACGUAAACUUGUUAAGCAACACUUUGGCAAUGUCGAAUAACAGAUCCAAUAGCUCAUUACCGAAGCAGAACCUGCUCAACAGGAUUAAAACUGAGAUUCCUAGUAAUGACCUCAGCAAGCUCUCCGGUCGGUCCGUUAAGAAGCAAAAGUCUCCUACUAGAUCCAAGCAGAGAUCUCCUAAAAGAAUGAAGAACAAGAUGGCUAAGCCUAGCUCAAAAUAAGCUAACUAUACAAUACCCUAUACCUCAGGCUGAAGAAUCUAAAAUGAAUCCGAUUAGAAUAAAAUUGCCAGGUACAAAGAAACCCAAAAGUAGGCAGACCAAGCACAAAUGUUUCCUCAGCAAGAAGACUGAUGAGCACUGUAAAAUGCAUCAGCAGAGACCAUGGCAGUUCUCCCCAACGAGGACACAUUUCAGAAAUCCUACAAAAGUUAUUGGAAAGACUAUCAACAGAUUAUUUCCUCAUGACCCCGCUUUCACUAAGAAUAAACUUUUAGGGUACAUCAAGAACCAGGUUAGAAGGACAGCUAGGAUUAAAUCUGCAAAACCCCAGAGGACGAAGAGCAACAUUCGUGAUAUCAGAGCAGCUGUCAAUAAUAUCUCGAAGAACCAUUUCAGCAAUAGGCAGAAUACAUUUGAUACACAAGACCCUAGCCUGGUCACAAAUAAUGUAGAAAUCUCAUUUUCUAACAAACAAAGCUUCUCAUCCAGGAAUUUCCCUGACAGACAUCACACAAUGGUAGUUGACAAGAAGAUACCAAAUGAGCAUGUAAAGACCUCUAGAAAACCCAGAAAAUCCAAGUUAUUAGCUAAAAAGAGAGUAAAAUCAGGAAAUCCUAGCAAAGGCCGAUCAAGAUGCACGGACAAGAGUCUAAAAACUUGCCUGAAGGAUGAGAAUCUGGCUAAGCAUUAUCUCCAUGCUAAGGUAGCAUUAAAUUCUCUUUCCUAUUAAUCUGACUAAAUCUG